AUGAAAAAAUUAGGAAUUAGUUCCAAUCUAGACACUAAUUUAAAUCGUCUUAAAGAAAAUGAAACCAUUCUAAAAAAACCAAUAGAAAUAAACAAAAAUAUAAGAAGAUUGUCAUUUUUAAAUAAUAAAAGUAAUGAAAGUAAAAAUGAACAGUUAAAUAAGUUUGAUAAAACAAAAGUAAAAGAAAUAAAUGAUGUUUUUAAAAAUUGUAUGGUAGCUUUAUCUCACAAUAAGAUAUGCACUAGAAAUGCUUUUGAUAUAAGAAUAAUUGAUCAUUUAGAAGAUUUAGUAAAUUUAAAUGAUGAAGAAAUUAGUGAUGAAUUAAAUGAUGAACUAUUAGAAAAUGGAGAUUUUAAUUUAUCUUUUACAAGAGCAUCAAAAGCUAUUGAAGGUGCUACCAAGGUUUAUGGUUAUAGAGUUGAGGCAAUAUAUGAUCAGACAUAUAAUUUUUUAUCUAAUAUGAACAUAGCAAAACAAAAUGAAAUAAAUGAAGAAUUACAAGAUGAAAAAAAGAAUGUUAGUGAAAAUUCAACAAAAAAAAUGAAAAAAAGAAAAUUAGAAUUUCUUCAAGAAUCUUCUACCUUAGCUAAGUCAUCUGAUAUUACUAUUGAUUCUUUAUCUUUAUCAAAUAUAUCUGUAGAUACUUUUUUUUUAAAAUUAAAUAGUUUAUAUGAUCAUUCUUCAGGUCAAAGUUAUUUAUUACCAAAUUUAAUUUUAAAUAAUGAUUUAUCGAUACAAUUUGAUGGUGAUAUAGAUGCCUGUGAAUAUAAGAAAAGAAAAAAAAUAGAAGAAAUAAAUUCAGAAGUUUUGAAUGAUAAUAAAGAAGAAAAAGAAAACAUCUUAUCCACAGAUGCAGAAGAAAAUAUACAUGAUAAUAAUGAUAAUUUAUUGAUGAAACAUUAUAAAAAAAAAUUAUAUUUGAAUACAAAUAAAAUAAGAGAUAUUCUUUUAAACAAUGGGGAAGAUUUUAACAAUUUAAGCAUAUGCCCAGAAUUAGAAUAUUUUAAAGAAGAAAUAAACAAACAUAAAUUAAAAAAAUUAGAUUCAAAAGGAGAAGAAAAUGAAGAAGGGGAAGGAGAUGAAGGUAAUAAUAAUGAAAAUGAAGAAGAAGAAGAAGAAGAAGAUGAAAAAAAAAUUAAUAUGAAAAUGGUUGAAGAUUAUGGAGAAAAUUUUAAAAAUAGUUUAAGUAAUAAUAUGACAAUGGAUAAUUUAUGUGAUGAUAAUAAUAACAAUAUGGAAGAUAAUAAGAUUUUGAGUAGUAGCAAUAAUAAUUUUAAUAAUCAAGAAUAUAAAAUAGAAGAUUUAAAUAUUGAAAAUGUAAUGCAAGAAUCAAUGGCUUUUGAUAAUAUAAAUUUAAAUAAUUCCGUAUCAAACAAUUUAAAUUUUUCUCAAAGUAUGUUAUCUUUUCAUCAAAGUAGUAACUUAAAUGGAAUUUUACCAGAAAUGAUGAAGAGUGAAAAUAGAGAUUUUAGUAUUAUGAAUAUGAAUACAUUAAAUAACUUUAAUUUGAAUUCUCAGAAUGUUUUAUUUAAACAUCAACAAAGUGGAACACCAACUAAAAAAAGUAUGAUAUCAUCUAUUCCUGACGAAGAUACGUUAUGGAAUCGUAGUAUUAUGACUUUUGAAAAUAGAUUAAAUGCAAUUGAUGUAAAUAAUCAGUUUAAUUAUCAAUAUUAUAUACCUAGUAAAAUAAUGGUUAAUGGUAACUUUAGAAAUCUAAUGGAUAUUACAAAAAACACAUAUAAAAAUAAAACUGUUUUAGUUAAUGGAAUUCCGCAUAAGAGAGUUAAAACCUCUUUUAAUAUUUCAAGUAUUGAUUUUGAAAAUCUUCACAUUGAAAUUAAUGAUAUAGAACUAUCAACCUAUGAUUUAUGGAAGAAAGAAAAAAAAAAGUAUAUAUCUAAUGUUCUUUUUUCUGUUGAUCAAACUUCUUAUAUUUUUGAAACAAAAGAUAAUUGCAUUAAUUGUGUAAAUACAGUGACUGAUAAAAUAAUGAAAUUUUCUAAAUUACCUGUUAUUGCUUCAGAUGAAGAUAAUACUGAUAUUAAAUUAAAUAUUGUAUUAAAUGAGAUUAAUAAUGAUUUUAUAACAAAUGAUAUUGAUCAAAUAAAUUUUACAGAAUCUAAAAAUAUGCAAAGUUUAUAUGCUGAAAAUAUUGAGGAAAUACAAGAAAGUCAAAUACAAGAAGGAUUAAAUGAUGCUAUUGAUAAAUUUUAUAAUAUGGAUUUUGAGGAUAUAUGGCAAAAUGAAAACGAUAAUGAAAAUAAUCAAGAAAAACAAAAUACACAAAUUAAUGAUACAUCUAUUAUUCAAUUUAAUCAAAGUUUUUCCCAUGCUAAUAGUUUAGGAAAUAUGAAUAUUGAAAAUAUAUCAAAAUUUGUAGAUGUUUCAAAAAUCAAACAAAUUUUAUGUGAUAUUGUUAAACCAAAUGAACAAGAAAAUACCAAUAAUUUAGAACAAAAAGAAGAAAAAAAUGAUAAAAUUGUUGUUUACAAUGAAGAAAAAACUACAACUUUUACAAACAUUAUUAAAGAGACAAAAUUUAAAUUGAAUGAUUCAGAAGUUAAUAGCAUGUCUAUUCAUAUGCUUUUUGUAUGCUUACUGUAUACAUGUAAUGAUCAAGAAUUACUUUUAGAAAAGAUACCAAAUGAGGAAGAUUUUUAUGUUCGUUAUGGUUUACCUGUAGAAUUCCAUAUUAAACCUAAUGAUUCUUUAAUGCUUAAAAAUUAA